UUUCUAAUUUUUAAUAUCCUGAUUUUAAUUUUCUUAAAAGAUGAUUCUCGACUUUAGUAUAACAAUAUGAAUAUUAAUGGCAUAGUAUUAUGGAUGACCGAUUAUGAGUAGGGCAAAAGUCCCAACUCAUAGAAGAGCCUAGGCUGUAACAUAUGUAAGGGAAUGGUGUCUCUUUGUUGUUGCUUAAGGUUGCAACUUCAACUUCUUACCAGAAUGCUACCAAACACGUAUCAAGACCAGCGUACUAAAUUGAGAUGGAACUUUUGGACUUGCCAAAAUCGUGAACAUCUUGUUCCUCAACUAAUCCCAUAAACUCCAUAAAUAACAAUAUUUGAGCCCCUCUACAGUUUGAUGAUAUAUCUAAAACCUUUGUUCAGCUUAAUUUAUCUAAACAUAAACUAUUUAGCAAUGUGUGUUAUAAAUAGAAAGUUGUGCACCUUCAAAGGGGGCAAGUAGUGAGUCGAGUACAUGGGGAGAUUGGAGAAGAUGGAAGGCAAGAAGGAAAUUAACUCCGGAAACGCUACCAUUCUUGCUCUGGGCAAAGCCUUCCCUCACCAGCUUGUCAUGCAAGAGUUUUUGGUUGAUGGCUAUUUCAAAAACACCAACUGCGAUGAUCCAGAACUCAAGCAAAGGCUCACUCGACUCUGCAAGACAACUACGGUAAAAACGAGGUACGUGGUAAUGUCAGAGGAGAUCUUAAAGAAGUAUCCUGAGCUAGCAGUGGAAGGCCUUCCAACAGUAAAGCAAAGAUUAGACAUAUGCAAUGCAGCAGUUACAGAAAUGGCAAUUGAAGCCUCAAAAUCUUGCAUCAACAAAUGGGGAAGGCCACUUUCAGACAUUACACACGUAGUCUACGUUUCCUCAAGUGAAGCUAGGCUCCCAGGAGGGGAUCUAUACUUAGCAAAAGGACUCGGUUUAAGCCCUGAUACUAAACGUGUCACGUUGUAUUUUGCUGGUUGUUCUGGAGGAGUUGCGGGCCUUCGUGUUGCUAAAGACAUUGCUGAGAAUAAUCCAGGGAGUAGAGUCUUGUUAGCCACUUCUGAGACAACUAUAAUUGGGUUCAAACCACCAAGUGUUGAUAGGCCAUAUGAUUUAGUUGGAGUGGCUCUUUUUGGUGAUGGUGCUGGAGCUAUGAUAAUCGGCUCCAACCCGAUUCGAGAUAUCGAAAGGCCUCUUUUUGAAUUGCAUACUGCUAUUCAGCAUUUCUUGCCUGACACAGAAAAGAUCAUUGAUGGCAGGCUUACUGAAGAGGGAAUUAGCUUCAAGCUAGAAAGAGAACUACCCCAGAUAAUUGAAGACAACAUUGAGGAUUUCUGUGACAAGUUAAUAAGUAAUUAUACUGGAAUAAAUGAUAGAGAAUACAACAAGCUAUUUUGGGCAGUUCAUCCAGGUGGUCCUGCUAUUUUAAACAGGCUAGAAAAGAAGCUGGAAUUGUCACCUGACAAAUUAAGUGCAAGUAGAAGAGCUUUGGCAGAUUAUGGAAAUGCAAGUAGCAAUACAAUUGUGUAUGUGCUAGAAUACAUGUUGGAGGAGAAAAGUGACAACAACAAACAAGAUUCUGAUUGGGGAUUGAUUCUUGCAUUUGGUCCUGGAAUCACAUUUGAGGGUAUUCUUACAAAGAAUCUGACCAGUUACUGACCCUUGAAAUUUUUUCCAUUAGUCAAUGAAAUAAACGAUAUGUUAAAAGAGUA